GUCGCUCUUAUAGCGCAGUUCCUCACUGCCUCUCUUUCUCACUGACUUAUUGUAUAUAUCAUUUCAUUAACAAGGUGUUUGUUGAAAUUCCUGAAUGAAGUGAAAAAUGGGUGUUUCUUUCAAGGUUGCCAGGGUGGGUUGGAGAUAUACGCCUAGGUCGAUUCGGAUCGAUGAGGACAGCGAAACCGAAAAUGGAAACGGAAAUGAUCACCAAGAGCAAGUGAAGGUUAAUGAGGGUAGAUUGGAUCUUGUAGAAGAUCAGGUUGCUAGUCAUUCAAAUAAAUUGGCUGAACCUGCACUGCACCGAGCGUUGGAAGAUCUUGGGGCGUCCUUUUCGAUCAAUCUAUUCCUACAUGGGUUUUCUUUUGGAAAGCCUUCAGAGGUUUUCAAUGAUGUACCAAAGCAGUUGAUUCCUUAUGAUAGAGCCUCAGAGGCAUUUUUCACUGCCAUUGAGUAUGGAUGGUUACCUGGAGACAUUUUCGAUCAAAUAUCUUGCAAGUACGUCAAUGGAGCAGUUCUUUGUGAGAUUCAAGAUUAUCGUAAUUGUUUGUCCCAGAAGGCAGGUGCUGAUUCAGCUGAAACCUCUCCAACUAUUCAUAAAGUGCUUCUACAUAUGUCUAUGGAAAAUGUUGUAAAGGAUGUUUUAUCUAUAUCAAAUGAAUCUUGGUCAUAUGAAGAUCUAUUGAAAGUUGAAUCCCGCAUUCUUAAGGCUUUGCAACCUGAUCUUCGCCUGAAUCCAGACCCAUUGUUGGAUCAUGAAGUAUCACUAACUAAGAAGAUUAAUUUGGGAAUCACCUGGGGUUGGAGAAAGAGAAAGCUAAGUUGUGUACAAAACUUCAACUCACAAAACAGUGCACAGGAAUCCAAUUUUCGACCCAGUGUAGCAUAUCAUGGUACAGAAGUCCCAACUUCACGUAAGGAUAUUUCAAUAGCUGUCCUCAGUAAGGUUGCACAAGAGAACAUUCAUAACUGUCAAUCAGUGGAUGUUUGCAACAAAUAUCCUGCAGCAGAUUUGUGUUCAUUCUCUACAAACAUUGGCAGAGAUCAGAAAGAAACUCUUUCUUUGGUUCCUUCUGAGAGUCUCUCUCAUGCAACAGUUUGUAUACCUAUCCUUAAAGGGAACACAAAGCUGCCUGCUGGAUUGUCCAAUGUCGUUGUAAAACAAGAGCCUUUUGAAACUAGUCAUCUUUUCAGUUCAGAUGUUCGGACUGUCAACGAUACAUUUUUGCCCAGUUCUCAAUCUCAAGUAGCUUCUGAUAUUGGAGCAGCAGCAAUAGGAUUGUUUCAAGGUGAGUUGUUGCCAGGAGAGGCAUCUGCUCCUGCAAAGCAAAAGAAGAAUUUUUGUCCCAGGGACUCAAGUAUAAUGAUGAUUGAUUCACUUGCCAGCACCAGAAACUUAAGUACAGCUGAUACAAGUUCUGCUUUAGGGAAUCUGCACAUGGUUUCAGAUGUUGUGAAACAAGAGCCUCUUGAAACUACUGACCUUUUCAGUUCAUAUGUUUGGAAUAUCAACAAUACAUUUUUGCCUAGUAACCCGAACCUGGAAAGGUUUUCGAAGAUUGGAAGGGUGAUGCAAAGGUAUAGAAAGAAUGAUAAGAAGCGCAAAUUGGAGCAACAGUUGCCAAAUAGACCAUUUUUUCGAUAUGAUCUUGUUGCUUACCAUCUUGCUGAUUCUGAGGACAGGAGCUUGAAAGAUGCUAACACUAGAAACAGAAUUUUCCAGGAUGAUUGUGGGGCCCAGAUUAAAUUAGUCAUCACAGAGAUGCUCAAUGAGGGAAAGGUGGAAACAUCUGUUGUUUAUGAAGAAGAAGAGAAAGAUUCCAUCAGUUUGCCUCUUUCAACAUACUGUCCUACUACUCAUUUUGCAGAUAUCUUUGCUGCUCAAUUCCAGUCAUUGUUGGUAAAGGAAGGAUACCACAUAGCUGGAGAUCGCCCAGAUCCUUCUGUUCAUAGUUGCGAAGGCCAGUCGAGUAGUCAACAUCCUGAUAUUAUACAGACUGAUGCUGCACCAUGUGGAUCUGUUCUACAGUCAGCCCCAAUAUUAAUCCCUGGAUUAUCGACUUCUAUACUUCCUCCCAUGAAGAGCAGAAUGUCAGCCCUUAACACCUGGCAGCUAUCAUCCCAAAAUAUUCUAUCCAGAAGGCAGCUGCUACCCCAUGUAAACUUCCAGUUGCCCUUCCAAAACUUGCCCAGUAAUUUAUCCAAACCACAGAUCGACAUUGCAGCACAAGUAAGCCCUAUAAAUCCACAAUGGCCAGAGAUUUUGAACAAACAUGACUACUUACAGUUUCAGAUAAUGCGAAGCCAGAGACAUCAGGAGCAACUCAUGCAAAAGAAGGCAUUGUUGGGAGGAUUGGGUGCAGCUAUUGGUGUUCCAGGUAUGAUGCAAUGGGAUAGUGAUAUUUCUGGGAUAGGAGAUGCUGUUAUGGCCUUGGGAGGGUCCAUGAAUUCACUGCAAAGAGAACAAGUCCCCUGGAUUGGCAACCUGGGGCAGUUUAAUAAUCUUGGCAGCAAUAUAUCUUGUCCGAAUAAGAGGACAAAAUGCUUUUGCAUGAUGUCUGAUUACCCUUCUUCACUUCUGGCAAAGCUGGCACUGGGGGAACCAGUAGCACAUCAGGGGGGAGCUAUUAUGAGUCGAAUUCCAAUCCAAAGCAAUGGAAUGGUAAAAAUGCAGAGACCAAGUAUUCCAAAUCCAGCUUAUCUUAUGAACAAUCAGCAGCUGCCACAGAUACAGAUACAGCAGCAGUUGCAAAUGCCAUAUUCACAGCAACAAGCAGGUAGCUUUGCUGAGCAUGUGAGUUCAUCAUUAGCUCAGGUUAACCUACAACAACUUGAACAACUACUACAAACUGGCAUCUUGGAAUGGAGCGCCAACUCGGCAGUCCAGGAGAGGAGUGAUGGGAAUGGCUUUCGCCAUGGUUGGUUCUGAAUGAAAGGUAUCAUGUUUUAAUGUCGACAAUAGGACUCUUAUCGAUAUCAGAAUAUGGGGUGCAUAAUUGGGGGUGAUGUAAAUACCCAAAUAGAUAUUAAUACAAAGACACAGGAAAGUGUUCCUGUCCUUUGCAUCUUUGCUGGUGAUGCCUAUGCUAAUGCUGUGUAAAACAUUAUAUAUAUGUGUAUGUUUUUACAUAGUCUGAGGAAAAAGUAGGGCUAGGAAUAUAUGUAUGAUUAGCAUGCAUAGGUUUUGCUAGCAAUGAAGUUUAUGAUUUGAGUUUCGGUUC